GAUCUCAGUCUCUCUGUGUUUUGUCAUUGUGUUGUUCUGUAAUGACGCCAUGUCUCAAACUGGGAAAGUCCUUCAUUUGUAUGUGGAGGUGAGAUCCCCACCAGAGCAUGAUGGGAAAGGUAGUUCUUGCGAGACGACGGUGGAACAAGAAGGUCCCGUCGAGGCUUUGACCAAAUUAGCACAGGCGGCAUCGGGAUUUACCACACCUCCCAGCAGCACAUUCAGACCAAAUGUUAGCUUCCGACUGCAGUCCUCACAAGAUUCCCCUCAAAGAUGCAACAUUCCCCAGCAGGAACCAUUCCAACAGGGAUCAUCUGGCCUCAAUAACAAUAUUGAUAGUAGGCAAUUGAAACAUGUCCACUCGUUGUCACACUCUGGACGGACUUCUGGCCCAGGAACACCUUGUCGAGCCUGCAGCCAUCAUCAGAACUCUAAACCAGAGCUUGGACAGAGGUCUGUGGUCACUUUCAGCUACAUAGAGAAACCCCAUAUUAAAACCGUGGAGAGUCCUCGUAACAGUCCUAGUGGAGUAAAAGAUGCAGCAGCUGGCUCACGUAAGAGGUGUAGUAAUCCAGUGCGAACACGACCUGCUGAAUCUUCCUGCAAUAAUAGUCCCUUUCACCAGCACACUGGUUGCUCUACUUUGGAUCCCAUUGGUCAAGCAGCAACACAGCGAGCCUUGGAGGAGUUUGGCUCUCCACAGCUGAGGUGCAAGUUUUCUCGUGGCUCAAACUGGAGUCCAGAGUUCCACCAACGCCAGAGGGCACGAUGCCAAUCUUGGGCAGGUUCACCAGUGCCAAACAGCAGCCGACGUGAACCUGACACCAGCAGAGUGGGAACUGUGUGUGGUGUCCCCGAAAGCUCAGCAUCAGAUGCUGUCUCAUCCCACACAGGGCACAACAACCAGCAGAUAUCCAGCUCCAGAUCCCAAGAAUGCCCCAAUCAGAACUCCCCAGUCAGUCAAAGCCAGACUGGAGAUAGGCCACUCUCAGGGCAAAGGAACACAAACACACCCACUCAUGGUUUAAACCAGCUAAGCAGAAGCAAUAACUCCUCAGCGCUUAACAGUCCUGAGGUAGCCCGCAAAAUUGCAGAAGAGGCAACCAAAGUGUCAUCACUAUUCAAUGAAGUCCGAAGUUCUCCUCCUCCUGCUGUUUCUGGGGCUUCAUCUAAUCUAAGCAGCACAAACUAUGGGUAUCCUUCUAGAGAGGUCCAGCAUGAUUCCUUACAGCAGAAUCCAAUGCAUCAUUCUGCUGUUAAGAUGAACAUACCUGUCCAUGAAGACCAUACUAAGACAAAUGGUGUUUCUUUGCAUCUGCAUGAAGCACCAACUACCAAGAGCUUGGAUUUAAAAGAUGACCAAGCCAAUCAUUCAUUCUGCACUAUACCAGCCCCUGAUUCUCCAGCUUUGCCAUCUCGACUUCUUCGUCCAAGUCUGUCUAAAGGAGAUGUGUGUUCUCCACUUCGGGAUCCUCGUCAGCUUAGAGCUGACCUACCAGUUUCGGAUAGCCCCACUUUACACCGUCACAGACCUCCGCAGUACACUGGAGAGGAGUGGACCACCGGGGAGCCCUGGUUCCUGGAUGAGGAGGACUGGGAUGAUCAUGUCAUUGCAGAAAGUGUGGAAAUUUCAAGAAGGUUGUUUAUUGGUCAAAACGUGGAUGAUUCUCCCGUCAGUUGGACGUCAAGACAGCAGUGGAAAGAUCAAGCAAAGAAAGAGGAAGGGAAGUUCAGUUUGGUGGAAAAACUUGAAAGGACUAUCAAGAGCAGUUGUAGUCCGGUGUACAAAAAAAGCGAUCGGGUUGAGGUCACAGAAAAAGCAGAGGAGAAUACGAGCAAUUUGGUAUGUGGAGCAAAUCACCGCUCAGGGGAAAAUGUAGAGGAGAUGACUAGGAUAACACAUCUACAGAGACAGGCAGAAUGGAGGAGACGGCAGGCUUUGCUUCUAGGGCCAGUGGUGUUAGAAGAUGGAGACGGGGAGAGAGGAGAGGAUGAACAUGGGUUUGGAGAGCAGCAGGGUUUGGCUGGGUCAUCCCCGAGCUCCAGUGGAGUAACUGGAAGUCUUGGGGACAGAGAUUGCAUCUCACCCGAGUCCAGCCAGAACAGCAACCAAUCAGAUCACCCGUCAUCCGGGAUACAGUCGGAUGGCGGUUCUUUGGUGCCAGGUCCGUCUCUGCACUGUCAGAAAAUUGCCCGAGCCAAGUGGGAGUUUCUGUUCGGCACUCCAGCAGAAAAUACUGCCAACGAACGAGAGAAGAAUCUUCCAGAAUCUUCCACAGCGCCCCCAAGUGGCCACUCCACCCCAAUCCCACCAUCAUUUUUGCCACUGGAGGCACUUGCUCUCAGAGCGAACCAUGAUGUUCAGCAUGUGGUGGUGGAGCUUGUGACUCCGCCCCCUGCUGCUCCUGGCUCCUCCCCCAAAACGGUCAUAAUUCGGCGAACAUUAAAAUACUCGGAGACGGAUCUGGACGCUGUCCCGCUACGAUGUUACCGGGAGACAGACAUCGAUGAGGUGCUGUUAGCAGAGCAAGAGGACGCGGACUCGGCUUUUGGAAGCAAUCGCAGUGUCAUGGGGACGUCCUGUGCUGGGAGCAGCCCGCUAGGAGAGAUGCCCAAUGAAAGAAAAGAUGGACAGGAGGAUGGAGAAGAGGAGGAGGAGGAAGAAGAGGAGGAUGUUGCGAGCUGGGCCACUGUCAGGAUGCAGGGGGAUGUGAGGCGACUGCUGGCUGAACAACAGGGAGAUGAUGAAGAAGAGUUUUACAGAAUGAUGCUAAAGAGGCCCCAAGACCAGUUCAGGAACGAUCACCCAGCUCUGAAAUCUCCUCUCCUGGUCCGUGGCCCGCGCAGAAAGUCUGGAGACAGUUUGGACACGUUCAGCCGGCAUUUCGAGAACAUCAUGGAGUCUCACCGCGCCAAAGGCACGUCCUACAGCAGUCUGGACAGCCUGGACCCUCUGACCUCCAGCACUCAAACCGUCCUGACCUUUGACCUCCCCACUCUGACUCCACAGGUGCAGGGUCAGAUCUAUCAGAGCGCGCGGCAGAUCGUGGAGCUCAGCUUCGCUCCACUGGCUCAUGUAGAAAUGCCCAGCCUCUCAAUCUCUGCGCUGACGAUAACUGGAGACACUGAUGCCACGCGGGCGCCGUCCAGCGAACGUCUCAGCAGCGGAUCUGAUGAUCGGAGUGGGCAAAGCUGGCAGAGCAACACACCGCUUUCACUGCCCAGAGAGAAACCUCCACGCUUCUCUGCAGAGCCGGAUGUGGAUCAGGAGCUGAUUGAGCGUUUGGGUUUGGGCAGUAAUGACACUCUCAGUAACGGGAACCGUGCAGAUCUGGAUGCUGCCAAACGCCUCGCCAAGCGGCUCUUCAACCUCGACGGCUUCCGGAAGUGUGACGUUGCCCGACAUUUGAGUAAAAACAAUGACUUCAGCCGUAUGGUGGCAGAGGAAUAUCUGCACUACUUCAAUUUCACCGCCAUGACUUUGGACCAAGCACUGAGGGCUUUUCUGAUUGAGUUUGCUCUGACGGGUGAAACACAGGAGAGAGAGAGAAUCUUAGCACACUUCUCUCGCAGAUUCCUACAGUGUAACCCAUCGCUCGUACUGUCUGAAGACAGUGUCCACACACUGACCUGCGCCCUGAUGUUGCUCAAUACAGACCUGCACGGACAUAACGUCAGCAAGCGAAUGUCCUUCAAUCAGUUUAUCGGGAAUCUGGAAGGACUAAACAGCGGCUAUGAUUUUCCUAAAGACCUCCUCAAGCGUGCGUCUGUGGUUUGGUUUGUGGUGGCAGAUGUGAAUAUGAAACCCGCUGGGAAGAGCACUUUACUUCAACACGCUCUGGAUCGAUACCGUCUGCCUCGCUCUGGGGGUUUUAUGAUCGGCAGGAAAGAAGUGAAGGGGAAAACUGACUUUUAUUCACUCCAGGCAGGAAGCACAGCGAGACCAGCCCAAAAUAUCACACUGGCUCUGAGCGAGAGACUCGAUGAGGAAGAGUUGCGCAAGUCGUUUUCGGAGCUCGGGGAGCAGCGAGGAGAGUCGAAUAGCAGAGGAGUGAAGCAGAUGAGCAGCGGUUUCGUUCCUGCUUCUGGAGCUCUGCUUUACAAGAUGGGUUUCUUGGUGAGGAAGGUCCACGCUGACUGUGACGGGAAGAGAACACCUCGUGGGAAAAGAGGCUGGAAAACAUUCUACGCUGUUCUUAAAGGACUCAUCCUUUACCUGCAGAAAGGCGAGUAUCGGCCAGACAAGCAGCUAUCAGAUGAGGAUUUGAAGAACGCCGUGUCCAUCCAUCAUUCUCUGGCCAUCAGAGCUACAGACUACAGCAAACGGCCAAACGUCUUUUACCUCCGCACCGCUGACUGGAGAGUCUACCUCUUUCAGGCUCCGAAUGCUGAACAAAUGCAGUCUUGGAUCACACGCAUCAACACAGUGGCAGCCAUGUUUUCAGCCCCACCCCUCCCUGCUGCCAUUGGCUCACAGAAGAAAUUCAGUCGACCGCUGCUGCCAGGCUCCGCCUCCAAACUAUCACAGGAGGAGCAGGUACAGGCUCACGAAACUCGAUUUCGCUCGAUCUCCACUGAACUCGCACAACUGCGCUCUUAUCCACCUGACCGAAAGGUGAAAGGACGCGAACUGGAAGAGUACAGACUGAGAGAGGAGUAUCUGGAGUUUGAGAAAACACGCUAUGAGACAUACAGCAUGCUCCUGCGGGCCAAGCAGCGCUGCGGAGACGACGAUCUCUCAGUGUUUGAGGCCAUGCUCCUGGAGGAAGGAGCUUUACAGAGAGCUCAGUCCAGCCCGACGCUCCAGGACAGCAGUCUGACCUGCAGCACCAGAGACGGGGCGAGUCCCAGCACCACCACCGCCCCUCCAGAACCAUCCGGAAACGGCAACAACGGCUGCUCGCGCGGCCAAGGACAGAGACACAGCUACCGGCAGGCCGUCCGCAAGUGAAGCCACCGCCGCCGCCAUCCACAGGAAGCCUGCUGUUCUGGAGAGGAAGUGAGGUCAUUCUCUUUCCUGAUGCACGCCAUCAGGAAGUGCCCACUGAAUCUGACUCUGCGAUUGGCUGAUGGGUCACAACACAAGGUGCUACGGGAGCCGGAUGGGAGAACGUGAUUGGAGGGAAAUAUAAGAAACGUGUGCCACUCUUCCUUUGCCUUCUCGGUUUCUUCUGCGACUUGAAGCCAUUACAUCAGUACAUCCUAAAAAUAAAUCGGCGGAGGGUUAUUCGUUUUUGCAUCCCCAGAAAUAACUCGUUCGUUUACAGUUCUGCUCUUAAAUAUUCCCACAAUGUUUGGGGUGUGUUUUGCUUGAUAAAACACGUUGUUGUUUGUCAAAUGGCCGUCUCUUUUGGUGUGGCGUUUGAGAUUGAGCGGAAAACUGACUAGCCCGUAUGCAACCAGUUAUCUCUUUACUUGUACAAUAAUCAACAGGAACAUCACAGUCACUAAAUACACAUUUCAGUCCAUCAAUUUUGCCCUCAAAAUGUCGUUUGCACUGAACACCAAGUAUUACUACACUGCAAAACUCAUUUUCCUGAUCAGCAAUUUUGUCCUUUUUUCAUGAUAGAAAUAUUUAAACAUCUUUAAGAUGAGAUCUGUUAAGCUGACACAUUAACUCUGUACGUUACAUCCUGAAUUACUUCCUUUAUUUUUGCUUUUCUUAUGUUUAAUGAAAGCACAAACAUUACUUUGUUCGAUAUAUACUCAAGCUGUUGGCUUGAAGAUGAUUUUUUGU